AUGUUAAAACCAUUAACUCUAAAUGAGUUGUUGGAAGAGGUUGAAAGACUUGAUGAUGAUAGUACGUUUCCCGACGCAAUUGUAGUUUUACCACCAACAAACGCUAAUGGGUAUGUUACAGAUGAGGACUCUGGUGAUGAAGAAAAUGUUACAAUGGAUAAUCUUCCAGGUAGUUUACUAAAUUCUGAGGCUGAACCUGUUUUCGAGACAAAUUGUGAUGUCAUAGAUGAGGGUGAUGAUGAAGAUAUAUACAAAUAUACAAAUAUGUAUGCCAUACAACAUAAUAGAACUGGUGAUGUAUCUAAAGACGAGAUGAAAUGUUUCUUUGGGGUUUUCAUUUACAGUGGUUAUUGUGCUGUAGCAAGAAGACCUCUAUACUGGGAAAACAGCUCUGAUGGAAAUCAUAAUAUCAUAUGCGAAGCUAUUUCAAGAAACCGCUUUAAUUUUAUUUUGCAAAAUUUACAUUGUAACAACAACCUCAGUUUGGAUUUGGAUAAUAAGUUCUCAAAAAUUGUACCUUUUCUUAAACAUCUGAGUAAAAAUUUUUUGGAAUUUGCCCCAGUUAAACAAAAUCAUAGUAUAGACGAGUCGAUGAUACCGUACUUUGGACGUCACAGCCCGAAACAAUUCAUUAGGGGCAAACCAAUUAGAUGGGGCUACAAGUUUUGGAUGGGGACAGACCACAGGGGUUACAUCGAGUGGUUUGAACCCUAUCAAGGCUCUACGACAAAACUAGAUGAACGAUACAAGGACUUAGGUUUGGGGGCGAACGUAGUUUUAACUUUUGCUGACAAAAUCACAUCAGAGAAAGGUCGUUUACCAUUUCAUCUUUUUUUUUGA